AUGGAGGGGAAGAGGACGUUGACGAUGAAUUGGGAAGGUUUAGGAGAAGACGAUGACGAUGAUCGUUUUUUUGAGACAUUUGAUCGAAUAUCAUCUGCUGUGUCCCUUGAACUUGCCUCUUCUGACUCGUCCGAAGAUGAAUUCGAUGAGAGUCGCAUGUCUUUUGCUUCUGCUCUCUCAUCAGCUUCCAUUAAUUCCUUCCGUAGCCAUAAAUCAGUUGCACAAUCUUCAUCAAUGUUGGAAGAUUACGACAUGUGGACUGCGGAACCGGAGUCCAUCACAGAUCGUCGCAAACGCCUCCUUCAGGGUAUGGGAUUAUCGAGCAACAAGGACCUUUUGAGAGUCACCAGCACUAAAUUUGCUCGAGUCAUCUCUAAAAAAAUUGACAAUGCUUCAGUUGAUUCAUCUCCGUCGCAGGAAUCAAACCAAGGGCAUUCACCUUCAAUUCCUAUUGUGUUUGUCCGGUCUAGAUCCGAUGGAGAUAUUGAAUCGUUUUCUGCAAGUACCAAACAAAGAAAAGAAGAAUUAAUCGGUUCUAUAUCCAAACAGCGUAUUACUAGAACUUCAUCAGUGUUAUUAACACCAAGCACAGGUAUAUGUCACUGCGCCAAUUCUGUAAUAUUAUCACCAAAGACAGCUAGAAACCGAUCUUCAAUACCCAAUAAUGGAGCGUUGCAAUCUAUGUUGUCAGAUGGCCGGUUUGAUUCAUUUUUCCUGAUAAAGAAUUUGGAUACUGGAAAGGAAUUCAUUGUUAGAGAGUUCAAUGAAGAAGGAAUGUGGAAUAAGCUGAGUGAUAUUCAGACAGGAAAACAGCUUACCAUGGAGGAAUUCGAGAAGUGUGUCGGGCAUUCUCCUGUUGUUAAGGAGUUGAUGCGUCGACAGAUUGUUUCAAGACAUUCCGAUGAUGACAGGAAAGUUGGUGCAAAUUCGUACCUUAGUAAGAGCUUCAGAUAUAGCAAGAGGAGAGGGGUCGCUCUUUUGAAAAAUAUAAAAGGUGUAGCAAAUACAAUGAGUGGAUUAAUUGUUGACAAAGAAAGAGAGCAUCCUUUACCAGCAGACCAGAAAGCUAGCAAGAACUCCUCAUCCGAAUGGGUUAAAGUUCGUCAGCACGGGAAACACUAUAAGGAAUUCACUGGUUUGCAUUUGUGUCAAGAAAUUCAGGCUCAUGAGGGCUCAAUUUGGACCAUCAAAUUCAGCUUGGAUGCACAUUACCUUGCAACCGCAGGAGAAGAUAGGGUAAUCCGUGUGUGGGAAGUGCAAGACUGCGAUGUUAUGCCAACCAGACCGCCUGAUGACCUGAAUUCUGCCAGUGCCACUCCACUCCACCCAAUGGCAUGCAGUAUUUCAGAUCGGCCUCCUCUAGCUGAGAUCACACCUAUGCCUUCAGAAAAGAAGAAAAAGGGGAAGAAUUCUAACAGGAAAAAGGGCAACUCAAUUCCUGAUUAUGUCCAAGUCCCAGAAAGUGUGUUUGCACUUUCAGAAAAACCAGCAUGCACUUUCACAGGUCACCUCGAUGAUGUCUUGGACCUGUCUUGGUCAAGUUCUCAGCUGCUACUAUCAUCUUCAAUGGACAAAACAGUUAGGCUAUGGGACAUGGAAAGCAAGAGCUGUUUAAAGUUGUUCGCUCACAAUGACUAUGGUAAGAUGCUAUACUGCUCAAUUAUUCGUGGGCCCAACAAUGUAACUUGUAUACAGUUCAAUCCAGUGGAUGAUGAUUACUUCAUAAGUGGUUCAUUGGAUGGAAAGGUUCGAAUUUGGAGCAUACCUGACCGGCAAGUUGUAGACUGGACUGAUCUCCAUGAAAUGGUUACUGCUGCAUGCUAUACUCCUGACGGCCAGGUAAGCACAGCAAUGUUUUGCUAUAUUUUCCUUCUCAAAGUCAAUCAUCUGCUUCCCCCUAGUCCGGCUUGGGAAUUGGGUUUCUCAUUAAGACCCAGUUUUCAAGUACUUGGGGAAGUUUCUGAAAUUGCAGGUUUAAAAUAUUCAUUUCCCAUCCUGUUUCAAUCUACUCCUAGUUACACGAUGGAAAACUUUUUCAAGCUGAAUAACCAGGCAAAUUUGUUUUGGACCGGUGCUGUAAUUGGUUCACAUAAAGGGAGCUGUCGCUUGUAUAGCAUAGUUGAUUGCAAGCUAGAACAAAAAUAUCUUGUAGAUAUCCCAAACAAGAAAAAGGCUCAAGCAAAAAAGAUUACUGGUUUUCAGUUUGCCCCAUGGAGUUCAUCUGAAGUGCUCAUUACUUCCGCAGAUUCUCGGAUUCGACUUUUUGAUGGAUCAAAUAUCAUCCAUAAAUUCAGAGGUUUCCGAAAUACUAGCAGCCAAAUCUUGGCUUCAUUCAGCCCAGAUGGAAAAUAUGUCAUAAGUGCAAGUGAAGAUUCUCAAGUGUACAUCUGGAAGCAUGAAGACCCCCGAAAUAUAGGAACUGGGAAAAGCAGAAGUUCGACCACUGUCCAAUCCCAUGAACACUUCAAGUGUAGAGAUGUUUCUGUCGCAAUCCCAUGGCCUGGAAGUAUUAGAAAUGAGCCACCAAUAGUAGAAGUGCAUUCCAAAAGGCACUCAAAGCGCUCCACCCCACAACAGCAUUCCUCCAGGGGUUCUCCAACCGGAGAAGAUAGCUUAGCAGCUACACAAAGUAAGAGACAGCUGCCACCCCUUCCAAAGAGAAGUAAUGUGUUGGAGAGAUCUUCAAGUUGCCCGGAUGAGGACCCUGCUCAACUUUCUCAUACAGACUCGGGGAUCGGUGCUAGUGAGUCAUUUGCUUCAGCUUCGGCUUCCCUUAGGUAUGGUGACUCACCUUCUAUUUCUGCUUCUAGCAGAUCUCAAUCUUGGUCUUCCUCUUGGCCUUGGUUUGAUGGUGGUAAUAGUCAUGGGAGCCACACUGUCCAAGCAACGGCAUGGGGCAUGGUAAUUGUGGCAGCAGGACUAGGAGGUGAGAUCAGGGUAUAUCAAAAUUUUGGGUUGCCACUUAAGGUUGGCCGGUAG